AGAGAGAGAGAGAGAGGUGUGUGUGUGUGUGUGUGUGUGUGCGCGCGCGUGUGGUGGUGGUGGUGGUGUGUGUGUGUAUAUAUGAACAGCAUGGCCAACAUCGCGGUCCAGCGGAUCAAACGGGAGUUUAAAGAGGUCCUUAAAAGCGAAGAGACGAGUAAAAACCAGAUCAAGGUGGAUUUAGUAGAUGAGAAUUUCACAGAACUAAAGGGGGAGAUCGCGGGACCGCCAGAUACGCCUUAUGAAGGUGGCAGAUAUCAACUAGAAAUAAAAAUUCCAGAGACAUAUCCAUUUAAUCCGCCAAAGGUUCGGUUUAUAACGAAAAUCUGGCAUCCCAACAUCAGCUCAGUAACAGGUGCUAUUUGUUUGGACAUCCUGAAGGACCAGUGGGCGGCGGCGAUGACCCUCCGAACAGUCUUACUGUCACUACAGGCUCUUCUGGCCGCCGCUGAGCCAGAUGAUCCACAGGACGCAGUAGUUGCCAAUCAGUAUAAACAGAACCCAGAGAUGUUCAAACAGACGGCUCGACUCUGGUCACAUGUUUACGCAGGAGCUCCCGUCUCCAGCCCGGACUACACACGCAAAAUAGACAAACUCUGUGCUAUGGGCUUUGAUAAAAAUGCAGUAAUAGUGGCGUUGUCGUCGAAAUCCUGGGACGUGGAGACCGCGACAGAACUGUUGCUUAGUAAUUGAGUCCAACCUGAGGGGCCAAAGCACCUUAUCUGACACAAUCCCACCCUCAAAUCUCCUCCUCAGUCCACACUACCUUCAUCUUUCUCAAUCUCUCUUUCUUUAUCCAUCUUUUACCAUUCCUCUGUUCGGAACAGUUCAUCCCAAACUAAAAUGCCGUCAUCUUUAUGUUGUUCUAAACUUGCCUGACUUUAUUUCUUCCACGGGAGACUUUCAGCUGAAUGUCUCUGUACAAAGAACAGCUGGUGAUUUGGCAGUAAAAACCUCCACCCGUUUUCCUUGUAUAAUGCAGAUUGGUUUGGAAGCUUGUUUCCACCAUGAAAAAAAAAAAAAAAAUAAUUGAGACUUUGUUUUUCGCAGUUCUGUAAACAAAAGUCAGAACUGUGAGAUGUAAACUCAGAAUUCUUUAUAGUUUUUUCCUCCAAAUUGAGUUUAUAUCUUGCAAUUUUGAGUUAUAUCUCAUAAUUCUGAGUUUAUGUCUCAUAAUUCUGACUUUUCUCAGAAUUGCAAGUUUAUAUCUUGCGAUUCUGAGAAAAAAGUGAGAAUUGUGUGAUAUAAACUCAGAAUUGUGAGGGAAAAAAAGGUCAGAAUUGUGAGAUUAAAAAAUCACAAUUACCUUAAUUUUUUAUUCUGUGGCAGAAAUGCGCCUCCAUAGGUUUGGAACAACAUGAAAGUGGGAAAAAAUUACAUUUUCAUUCAUUUUUAAGUGAACUGACCAUUUUUCCCUCUAUAUGUCUUUCGCUCUCUUUUGUUUUGUUUACUUAUUUUGGUUUGGAUGUGCCUUUUUCUUUCUCAUAAUAAUAAUAAUCAUCAUCAUCAUCAUCUCCCUCAGAUUGGUUCUGCAAUCUGACUGUAGCCCCGCCCCUCAUGCACAUGCCCAAUCAGCACUACGGUUGUACUCCCACCUGCACAAUCAUUGGCCCUUUCAUCUGGAAAACAUUUGGAUUCCAUUUUUGAAAUUCCAGAGUUCAAACUGAAUCGAAAUGGUUCCUUCACUCAUAGAUGUUAAUCUCAAACAGUCAAGACUGGAAGAAACCCACACACGCAAAUAAAUGAAAGACGAGAGUUCAUCUGUAAAUAAAGCUAUUAAAGUCUGUAUAAAUUAAAGCAAUGUGGCAAUGCCUUUAUUUAUUAUUGCUUUGUGGAAUAGUGAAAUAAACACCAGUUUCAUGGCUGAGCA